GUGGGCUACAGCCCAACAUCCCCAGCAAGCUCCUAAACGCAGAAGAGGUCAAAAAAAUACCUGUGCUACUGUUGAGUGAGCCGCUGUUGCAGAAAGUUCCAUCUUGACUCCGCGAUGGAAUCCUGCAAUGCCGUCGAGAAGGAGGUCGAUAAAGUCGUAUCGAAACUCCAGAGUUUUAAGAAAUACUCCAACACAACUAUACAAGAGCUCAUCGAUACCAUGUCUCAAAUGGAGCAGGAUUUCGAAUCUGGUAGCGAUGUUGAGAUGACGGAAGGUCACACAUUAGUUCUUAAAUCGAGUAUUCAGAAAAUCAAAGACGUGACUACAGCGCUCACAAGUCAACACAGGGAACUUCAUGGAACCGUUUCCAGAGUUGGGAAAGCCAUUGACAAGAACUUCUCGCCAGACUUCGCCGCAGCAUCGAAGGAAGGCCUCUUCGAGGACGAGAAGUCCCUCGGUAUGGUGAAUCAAGUGGUCUGCGAGCACUUCCUCCGGAAGGGCUACCUCGAUAUCGCCGAAGAGCUCAUGUCCGAAGCGAACCUUAAAAUUCCCGAAAACUACAAGGAACCCUUCUCAGAAUUGAACACUAUUUUGGAGUCGUUGCGACAACGGAACGUCCAGCCCGCGCUCCAGUGGGCCGCUGAGAAUCGCACCAAACUGAGCGCACAAAGAUCUCAGUUGGAACUGAAAUUACAUAGGCUGCAAUUCCUUAAUCUCCUCUCGAAUGGGGCCACGCUCGCCGAGGCUGUCGAGUACGCUCGGCAACACUUCCAACAUCUCGCCGAACGUCACCAGAAAGAAGUUCAGGCCCUCAUGGGAUGUCUCCUUUACAUAAAUAACGGCGGGCUCCAACAAAGUCCUUAUGCAAGAUUCCUAGACAAUAGUCUCUGGACUGAUAUAUAUCAGGUGUUUGCUCGAGACGCUUGUGCACUCUUGGGUCUCUCCGUCGAAAGUCCGCUAACUGUUUGUGUUAACGCCGGAUGCACAGCUCUUCCGUCCUUGUUGAGCAUCAAGCAGGUCAUGCAACAACGACAGGUGAACAUGUGGUGCACCAUGGAUGAACUACCGAUCGAGAUCCACCUGGGCCGGAAGUGCCAAUUCCAUUCGAUAUUCGCGUGUCCCAUCCUACGUCAACAGAGUUCCGAUCACAAUCCCCCGAUGAGACUCGUCUGUGGUCAUGUCAUUUCUCGGGACGCAUUGCAUAAGCUCGCUAAUUCUACAAAGCUGAAGUGUCCCUACUGUCCCAUCGAACAAAAUCCGAACGACGCGCGUGAAAUCCAUUUUUGAACAACACCAUUGACCCGUCUGCCGCAUUGUUCGUUACCAUGUACGUGUAUCACCACUAUAGGACAAGCCGUCACGAGUCGUGGGAGAAUCACCUCAGCGUCCUCGCUGUUUUGUUAUGCUCGAAAGUGAGACGAUGAUGAUUUGUACAUUUGUGAGCUGUUCCGGAUGCUCCGCGAUUAAGCGUGGCCGAGAUUCAGAUUCGUGUGGGAGGGCUCCGGAUCCAGGCGCCAGCGCGCGCCGUAGACAACGAUCGUGAGUAUUGAAUGAAUGCUGCUCGCCGCGACCAUCCAGACGCCGAGGGAUGCAAGCUCGAUGGAGCCAGGAAUCCACGCCAAUUCUACAAGCAAUCGGGAACCCGCAACACACAUACAUCUAUACAUACACAUUUACUUAUGGUGGAAUAUAUAUUUAUGAUAUGAUGGAGCGAUUUCUCGCAGCAUUAUGAAAAAGGCUCUCAUCGAGAUAU